AUCGCUUGUAAGAAUUGCGUGGGCGAGCUUCUCAGAAAUGUGUGAGCACAAUUUUCUUAGCUCUGGCUAUGUUAGUCCUGUGUUGAAUUAUCCAAAUGCGGAUUCGUUGCCUUUCUCCAGCUGGCCCAAUGGCGCCCAUCCGUCCGGACUCGCGCAGCUCUACGGCAGGAGAGAGGUGUGUUCACUCCCGUGGACUUCCCCAAGUUCGUGCACAAGCCCGCCACAGAGCCUCGCAUUUAGUGGUUAUUCUCAGCCGUUUAUUACUAACUCAGUGGCUGUGACUGGUCAUAGCAAAGGAGACUCCUGUAAAUACUACGUCCAAGAUGCAAACCCCAAAGCAGAGUUGCCGGACAAACACAUGACAGCGUUUACUGGUGAACAUGGGAUAACAACAACUGCCAGCUUUAGCAAAGGUGACUUUUCAGACUUGGACAAACGGUUGCAAAACACGGUGGCACAGGCUGGGGUGAAUUCCAACAGCCAUGCGAUAAUCGAUGGCACUGAACAGCUUGCACACUCCACUGUCCAUGCACACCCCACAUCGAGUUCUCAGAACACCAGUGCAGCCUUAACGGACGGAUUCCCUUGGUGUCCUUCACAAGUAAGAGCCAGAAAAAAGAGGAAACCUUACACGAAGCCACAGCUGGCUGAACUUGAGAAUGAAUUUAUGAUCAACGAAUUCAUAAACCGACAGAAACGGAAAGAGCUGUCUGACAGACUGGACUUGAGUGAUCAACAAGUAAAAAUCUGGUUUCAAAACCGGAGAAUGAAAAAGAAACGCUUAUUAAUGCGUGAGCAUGCUUUCUCUAUGCACUGAAGAAAAUUCAGUGUUUCUCUUAAUGGUGACCACAUGGUACAUUUUGCUCCUUACCUUGGCAAUGAGUUACCGAGUGAUAUACAGUGAUAUAAGAAGUACAAUGCACCGUUUUUUAUGAUACACUGUAAGGAUACGAAAAAAUCGACAGAAUUUUCAAUGUUUGUUUACGGCAGAUUCUGGUGUAACAGAUCACGAGAACAAAUGUAUAGUUAGUUCCCGUCAUAACACUUUUUGACGUAAUCGCCAAUAGAUAACAUUUUACAGCCAUUCUGUAAAAGUAAAAUUAAAAUGCAACAUUGCCUGUAAUGUCAAGUAAACAUUUUUUUUUCUUGAUUUAUUCAAAGAUUUUACCUAUACUCAAAUUGUUAUGUAAGCUGCCCCACUGCAUUGCACACUGACCAAAAUAAGUGUGUGUGUGUGUGUGUGUGUGUGUUACAUUUCUGUUUUCUAAUGAAAAGCCUUGAACUGAAGCAAGAGCGUCAGUCUGGCGAGUACAAGCUCUGCUCAGUCUGUAAACAGUCAGGUGAAUUCUAAGUCUGGUUGGUAAUCAAGUCCUCACACAGAUAUACCUUUAACGAGAAAUCUGUUCUAUUGUAUAGAGGGGCAAUGUAUCCUAACUUUAAAUGGAUUGCAUACACGUAGCUAUACUUUUGUUGUAAAAAAAAAAUGUAAUACGUGUCUAUAGCUUCACAUUGGGCUAUAUAAUUAAUUUAAUUUAUAAUGUUUUGUAAUACAUUAAUCUAAACCAA